AAGCCCCGCCCCCUUAGCCUCCUACUCACCUCGACUCGUCAGUGAGGAAGACAUAGUCCAGGCAGUUCGGUGCGUGUUCGUUGUUUAGUAGUACUCAAAACUGCCAGUGUGGGAGGAUUUGGAAAUCACGGGAUCUGCUCAAUACGAAAAUGUUUCUCCGAGUCUUUCUCCGUUUUAUGGGGAGUCUUUUUACCACUGCAGUGGAUUUCCUUCCUGUGAUGGUGCACCGGCUCCCAGUUUUCAAAAGGUACCUGGGAAAUACGCAUCAGAAAAAAGCCGUCUUUGGGCAGUGUCGGGGUCUGCUGUGUGUUGCACCGCUACUGACCACAGUGGAAGAGGCUCCACGGGGCAUCUCUGCUCGAGUCUGGGGACAUUUUCCUAAGUGGCUUAAUGGCUGUCUGCUUCGGAUUGGACCUGGGAAAUUCGAGUUUGGGAAGGAUAAAUACAAUCAUUGGUUUGAUGGGAUGGCAUUGCUUCACCAGUUCAGGAUGGCAGAGGGCACAGUAACAUACAGGAGCAAGUUUCUACAGAGCGAUACAUAUAAGGCUAAUAGUGCUCAAAACCGAAUUGUAAUCUCGGAAUUUGGCACACUGGCUCUCCCAGAUCCCUGCAAGAAUGUUUUUGAACGUUUCCUGUCCAGGUUUGAGCCGCCAGCCAUGACUGACAACACUAAUGUCAACUAUGUGCAGUACAAGGGUGAUUACUACCUCUCCACUGAGACCAACUUUAUGAAUAAAGUGGAUAUUGAAACUCUGGAAAAAACAGAAAAGGUAGAUUGGAGCAAAUUUAUUGCUGUGAAUGGAGCAACUGCACAUCCUCAUUAUGACCCGGAUGGAACAGCAUACAAUAUGGGGAACUCCUUUGGGCCAUAUGGUUUCUCUUAUAAGGUUAUUCGGGUUCCUCCAGAGAAGGUGGACCUUGGGGAGACAAUCCAUGGAGCCCAGGUGAUAUGUUCUAUUGCUUCUGCAGAAAAGGGGACACCUUCUUACUACCAUAGCUUUGGAAUGACAAGGAACUAUAUAAUCUUCAUUGAACAGCCUCUAAAGAUGAAUCUGUGGGAAAUUGCCACUUCUAAAAUUCGGGGAAAGGCCUUUUCAGAUGGGAUAAGCUGGGAACCCCAGUGUAAUACACAGUUUCAUGUGGUGGAUAAACACACUGGACAGCUUCUUCCAGGGAGAUACUACAGCAAACCUUUUGUUACAUUUCAUCAAAUCAAUGCCUUUGAGGACCAGGGCUGUGUUAUAAUUGAUUUGUGCUGUCAAGAUAAUGGAAGAACCCUAGAUGUUUACUCAAAAGUUAGAUGUUAUCAUAUGAAUGACAAUUUUUAUCUCUUUCUUCUUCCCAAACAGGUCUAUAAUUCAGCAGUCAGAUCUUUCCCUCGAAGGUUUGUUUUGCCUUUAAAUGUCAGUUUGAAUGCCCCUGAGGGAGAAAACCUGAGUCCAUUGUCCUAUACUUCAGCCAGUGCUGUGAAACAGGCUGAUGGAAAGAUCUGGUGCUCUCAUGAAAAUCUACAUCAGGAGGACCUAGACAAGGAAGGAGGCAUUGAAUUUCCUCAGAUCAACUAUGCCCAAUUCAAUGGCAAAAAGUAUCGUUUCUUCUAUGGCUGUGGCUUUCGGCAUUUGUUGGGGGAUUCUCUGAUCAAGGUUGAUGUGGUGAAUAAGACGCUGAAGGUUUGGAGAGAAGAUGGCUUUUAUCCCUCAGAACCUAUUUUUGUUCCAGUACCAGGAAGCAAUGAAGAAGAUGGUGGGGUUAUUCUUUCUGUGGUGAUCACUCCCAACCAGAAUGAAAGCAAUUUUCUCCUAGUUUUGGAUGCCAAGAACUUUGAAGAGCUGGGCCGAGCAGAGGUACCUGUGCAGAUGCCUUAUGGGUUCCAUGGUACAUUCAUACCCAUCUGAUUGGACAACCACAAGGUCUGGAAACUAGGUUUAAAAUAAGUGUGGACUUGGACAGAAAGACUGGAGAAAUAAACACUGGAGACUCCAAAAGGAGGGCAAGGAGAAAGAUGGGUGGGUGUUAAAAAGCUACCUACUGGGUACUGUGUUCCCUAUUUGGGUGAUGGGGUCCCUAGAAGCCCAAACCACAACAUCACACAAUAUACCCAUGUAACAAGCCUGUACAUGUACCUAAGAAUCUAAAGUAAAAAUAAAAAGAACAAAGAAUGCACU